AUGGAGGCAUCAGCGUCCAUGGCUUCCAAGCUGGGUCUUCCACCAGGCUUCCGCUUCGUGCCCACGGACCAGGAGGUCAUCGCCUACUACCUCCUCCCUCGCAUCCGUGGCCAGCCCAUCCCGUUCGGCGACAUCCUCGAGGACGACCCGCUGAGCGCGCCGCCGUGGCUCCUGCUCGGGAAGCACGGGCGGAGGGGGGACGCCUUCUUCUUCGCGGCGGGGAAGGUCAUGAACGGCAGGGGCGGCCGCCAGGAGCGGAGCUGCGCCGGCGGCGGGAGCUGGGAGGGCCAGGGCAAGAGGAAGGGCGCCAAGGGCGGCAACGGCGAGCGGCAGCGCGUGCUUGUGGGCGGCGAGGAGAUCGAGUGGCGGAAGUACGCGCUCAACUUCCACGAGGAAGAAGUCAAGGGCAGCACGGGCUGGGUCAUGCACGAGUACUCCAUCACCGCGCCGCCCAGCCUCGCCGCGUCGCUGCAGAGGGUGUACCGCAUCCGCUUGAGCGGCCACGGCAGGAACGCCCAGAAGCGCAAGAGGGGUGAGCUCGACUGGGGGAGCGACGAGGAGGAGGAGGAGGAGUACCACGCCGCGGCACGCGCCCCCACCCUUCCCGCGGUGGCAGAGGCCGGUGCUCCGUUCGCCGGCGAGUACCCGCCGCAGCCCGAGCCCGUCGGCACUCUUCCCGUGGCGGCGGCGGCGGUGGACGUUGGCAAUGGGGAUCCUGCUGGAUGGACGGAAGACGGGUCGAGCGGCGCGGUGUCGUCGGCGGUGUCGUCGGCGGAUCAGGACCUCCCCGCGCUGGUGGACGGCGGCGAUGAUUGGAACUUCAUGUGCUCUCUCAGUGAUUUGCUCCCCGAUUUCGACUUCUUCCCAGGGGCGGCUGAUGCUGGAGAGACCCCAUCGGAGAUGGUGCCAGCUGCAUGA